AAUAAAAUAAAAUAAAAUAAAAACUUCUUCCAUCAAUCACUGAUCUUUGCAGCAAAAGUAGAGGAUGAAGAUGAUGCCGAUUUUGUCUGAGUGCAGGAGGCGCAGAGUGCAGGAGGCGCAGCAGGGUGCAGCCCCAGGUGUAGCAAGGCGCAGCCUCGGGUGUAACAGGGCGCAGCCCCAGGUGCAGCAAGGCGCAGGCUCGAGUGCAGCAAGGCGCAGGCUCAGGUGCAGCAAGCGAGGGGGCGCAGCAGGGCUUGACCGCCUUUGAUGGCUGCUGGCUGAAAUGAAGGCUCGGGAGAUGAGAGAGAAAAGGCCCAGAGUCAGGGUGAGGAAGAAGACUUUGGCGGGGUAAUGGAGAUGAUUGCAGAAGAGGCAAAGGCAAAAGAGGGAAAGGCAAAGGGGAGGGGCUGGGUUUAAGAGAACGACGUCGUUUUUUGUUGGGACUCCAAAUUUUGUUGGGAGGUAGGACUGAUAACCACUUU